AUGAAGUCCACCGCUGCAUUGGUUGGCCUCGCCGCCGCCACCGCCACGCUCAGCAACGCCGUUUACGCCAAACAACAGCUCGAGGUUUCCCACGAGCCCAUCUCGCGCCUCUUCACCGCCGACGGAACCCCGUCUCACCCGCAUUUCCUCGCGUCCAGAUGGGAGACUUCCGAGCUGCCUCUCAGCUUCCGAAAGCGCGACCUCUCCGGCGUGGGUUCCAAGCGAAGCAACAGCGCCCGCGGCGAAAAAGAAUGCCGCUCCGACCAUGCCAAGAAGAACGCUCACAAGGGCCAGUACAAGCAGCACGAUAAGCACCAGCGCCACGGUCUUUUGGACUCGCUCGACCACCUCGGUAACAAGGUGACCAGCUGGAUCGAGGGCGGUAAGUACCACGACCACGCGCUCGGCAUUGUCAUCAACAGGGCCACCGAUAACUCGGCGGACAACGAGUGGCUCGUCAACGUCGGCUUCGGCACUCGUCCACAGACGCUCAAGAUGGUGUUUGACUCGGGCAGCUCCGACACCUGGGUCUACUCUCCCGCCUGCUGUUAUGCCAACAACCACACCUUCUUCGACCCCACCCGAUCUUCUACUUUCCACAACCGCACACUCGUCAACGGCACUGCACAAGCUGCAGCUGCUGGCACCCCCGGUCAGAAGUGGUCUGCCAGCUACGGCUCGGGCUCGAGCGCCUCCGGCUAUGUCGGCAUCGACGAUUUCACAUUUGGUCUGCAGAAGCUCAAGGUGGACCAACUGCCCGUGGCCCUCACCACCAGCAUUACCGGUGGCUCGCGUGCUUCGCGUGGUAUGGAAGGUAUCGUGGGUCUUUCGGCUGGCAGCGGCUCCAGCACUGCCGGGGAAUGGACCACACCCUUUGAGGCCAUGUCGUCGCGCGGCCUCAUCAAAGAGACCUACCUCACCGCUACGCUCAAGAAAGCCAACCGCAACACGGGCAAGGGCGGUGGAGGACGAUACACGUUCGGUGAGAUCGACGACCACCACCUCGCGGGCAACAUCACCUGGACGCGUGCCGUGUCGCCGUACCUCUGGGCGGGCUACUUUGAUCAGAUGACCAUGGGUGACCACCUGCUCGCCAUUGCUCCGGGCACCGACGAGCGACCGAGGCGCUUCAUGAUCGACACAGGCUCGGCGGUUUUCUACCUGCCCCCUACUAUCGUCAAGGAGGUCAACAGCCAGAUCACUGGAUCGUACGUGGCUAACUCGAGCAGCGGGCUGGCCUUCCCCUACCUCGUCCCCUGCGACACGGGUCUCAAACGCCAUGAAAGGACGGCCAAGAACCCGACUUUCAACCUGCAGAUCGGAGGCACCAACUUUACUAUCCCCAAGGAGGACUACGUGUUCUACGCCAACCAGCCCAUCCCUGCUUCGACGAUCGGCGGCAGGAAAGGUCUGUGCUACUCGGCUUUCCAGACGGGUCCGGCGCAGAUCUCGAUCAUUGGGCUGAGCUUCAUCAAGAACCACGUUGUUGUGUUGGAUCAGGGUGGUCGCAACUUGACCGUGUCGGUUCGCCGCAUGGGGUUGGGUCAACGCAGCGAUGUUCGUUAUGAUUGA